AUGGGAAAACGCGGCGGCAGAAAGUUCAACCGCGGUGGUCGAGGCGGCGGCGGCGACGGCCGCUCGCGCUCCAACUGGCAGGACAUUCCCAGGACCAACGAGAAGCUCGAGCGCUACUACAAUGAGCUGGCCAUUGUACCCGAGUCCGAGAAGGAGGAGUUCUGGGCUGCGAUCCGAAGGGACCUGCCCAACAGCUUCCGUUUCACUGGCUCUCGUGGACAUGCGCUUGCCGUGCAGGAGCGUCUCAAAAAUUUCUACAUUCCCGAAAUCACCUCGAUCAAGUAUGAGGGUGAAUUCGUCGAGCCCCCACGCCCGGUCGAUUGGUACCCAGACCAGCUUGCCUGGGCCAUGACCACUCCCAAGCAGGUCAUUCGACGAUUCGCCCCCUUCUCCUCGUUCCAGAAAUUCCUCGUGGCUGAGACCGACGUCGGAAACAUCAGUCGCCAAGAAGUCGUUAGCAUGAUCCCACCUCUUCUUAUCGACGCUCGCCCUGGCAUGACUGUGCUCGACAUGUGCGCUGCUCCCGGUAGCAAGUCUGCUCAGUUGAUGGAGCUGCUUCACACCGGCGAGGAAGAAUCCAUUUUGGAGGUUGGCAAGAAGGUGCGCGAGGGCACUGCUGGACCCGAGCCAUUGGGGCCCGAGGGUCUGAACGACGACGGCCGCACCACUGGCCUGCUGAUCUGCAACGACGCCGACUACAAGCGCGCUCACAUGCUUAUCCACCAAUUGAAACGUCUCAGCUCGCCGAACCUCAUUGUCACGAACCACGAUGCCACGAUGUACCCGUCUAUCAAGCUGCCGCCUCUUCCCGCCGAGGAGGGCAAGCGCCAGAUGAACCGUUACCUGAAGUUCGACCGCAUUCUUGCCGAUGUUCCUUGCUCUGGUGAUGGAACUCCCCGAAAGAACGUCAGCGUCUGGAAGGACUGGAACCCUGCCAAUGCUCUUGGCCUCUACGUUACCCAGGCUCGCAUCUUGGUCCGUGCCCUUCAGAUGCUGAAGGUUGGUGGACGUGUGGUCUACUCCACUUGCAGUUUGAACCCUGUUGAGAAUGAGGCUGUCAUCGCCAGCGCCAUUGAACGCUGUGGUGGAUCGGUUAACGUCAAGAUCAUUGACUGCAGCAAGGAGUUGCCUGGUUUGAAGCGCGCUCCCGGAAUGAAGGAUUGGAAGGUCAUGGACCGCGAGGGUCGCAUCUGGAACUCCUGGAAGGAGAUCGAGGAGCAUAAGGAGAAAGAAGGCACCGACGGUCUUGCCCGUCUUGCCGAGGGCAUGUUCCCUCCCACUGGCGGUGAAGACUUGCCCCUCGAGCACUGCAUGCGUGUCUAUCCCCACCACCAAGACACCGGUGGCUUCUUCAUCACAGUUCUUGAGAAGAAACACGAGAUUCGCGCUAAGCCCGAAAACACUGCCAACAUCAUCCCUAAGGCCUCCGUCGCUGCUCUUACCGAUGAGCUUGAUGCCCGGAAGAAUGAGACCAGCGAGCCAUACAAGAAGCUCGAGGCACUAGAUGAUCUCGUGGUCCCGGACCAGGAGGCUGCUGAAGAGGCUGCAAAAAACGCGACUGUCGCCGAGGCCUCCCACCAGCCGCCUUACUCAGUCACCCUGGAUGCUUCCAACCCGGAGUCCCCCACUAAGCGCAACGCGGAUGACUUUGAGGAGGAACUUCCUGCCAAGCGAGCUAAACUCGAGGAUGGUUCCGAGGUGCUGAUUGGUGACCGUCCAAUCCACAAGCCCGCGCCUUUGGUCGUCGAGGUUUCGGAGAGCAAUGCUUCUGCAUCUGGUGCAACCCCCGCAUCUGCUGCAACCCCUGCAUCUGGCGCAACUCCCGCACAGCCUGCACCGGCUCCUCUGGAACAGCCUGUGAAGAAGAAGGGCGGCCACCAGGAAGACCCUUACAAGUACUUGGAUCCUAACCACGAGGAACUGCAACCUAUCUACAACUUCUACGAGCUUUCCGAGCGAUUCCCACGAGACCGAUGGAUGGUGCGCAAUGCCGAAGGUCUCCCUACCCGCACUGUCUACUACACCAGUGCACUGGCACGAGACAUCCUCCAAAGCAAUGAGGGCUCCGGCAUGAAGUUCGUGCACUGUGGUGUGAAGAUGUUUGUGAAGCAGGACGCUCAGCGUGACAAUGUCUGCCGCUGGCGUAUCCAAACAGAUGGUCUUCCGAUCAUCGAGCCUUGGCUGGGGCCUUCUCGCUCUGUUACUCUGACCAAGCGCGAGACUCUGCGCAAGCUUCUGGUGGAGAUGUUCCCCAAGGUCAACGAUGAUGGUUGGAAGAGCCUGGGCGAAAUUGGCGAGCAAGUCAAGGACAUUCCCAUGGGCUGUAGUAUUCUGCACGUUGAGCCCACCGGCCAGGAAGAUGGUCUCCCUGAGCGCAUGGUGCUGCCUCUUUGGCGAUCUCUCCACUCCCUGAACCUCAUGCUUCCCAAGGAGGAGCGGCGUGCUAUGCUGCUGCGUAUUUUCAACGACGACACUCCGCUUAUCAACACCACCCUGAAGAAGCCCACGUCUCCCGCUGUAGCGCUCCAGUCCACCGCUGCGGCGGAGGAUGCCGCGGUGCAGAACGAGAGCGCUCAGCUGGGUGAAGUUGAGCAGGAACACACCAAUGCGCGUGAAACCUACACCAAGGCGGGCGAUGAGGAAGACCGUUUUAACACCACUGUUUAA